AUGGCGGCCACUUUUCCAUACACGUUGAUCGCGUGUCCUUGCACCUCCUUCACCUCACCUUCUGAAUCAAAUCUCUCUUCGAUAGAGGAUCCUGACGACGACACGACCUUCAACCCUCACCACAUACGCGCAAACUUUUCCCUAUACCCCUACGAGCAUUUGCUGUAUUGUGAUGACUGCCAUCAAAUCAGGUGCCCGAGAUGCUGGGCAGAAGAAAUCAUGAAUUGGUUCUGCCCAAACUGUCUUUUCGAGGUUCCUAGUAGCGUAGUCAAGACCGAUGGUAACAGAUGUACUCGAAAUUGCUACAACUGUCCAAUUUGCACUUCCCCCUUGUCUAUUAAUGGUCUAGAUUCUUCAUUAAAGGAUCAUUUGGCCCCUCCUGAUGCAAAUCAACCGGCUGGUCCGUUCUUUCUAUCAUGCCCAUACUGUGACUGGUCGUCGCUGGACGUCGGCAUACAGUUCAGCAAGCCCACCAAAAUCACCGACCAAUUGGUUAGAUUGCGUCAAGGAAACCGCUCGCCUUCGCCAAGCAGGACCAGGUCUACCAGGACCAGUCUCGCGCCCACAGACGAGCUAUCUUCAACGGAACCGGACUCCACCCCGCCUUCUCAGCCAUCACAAGACCGAUUUGCAACUUUGGCUCGCUUCUACAAGGAUCAGAUGGCAGACUCGGCCGGUGCUGGUCUGAAUGCAUACUCGGACGCCGGCAACUUCAACUCUCCUAACAGUCUAGCACGCAUUAUGAGUAUCUAUGGCGGACUGUCCCACGCCGCUCUGAGAAAGGCUCGCGAAAAGCCACAGCCUAUGCGUGAAGCUCUGGACACAACUGAGGGCCUAGAAGUGCUGUCGCAUUCAGCUGAUGUCGAAGCUGAAUCUGUGAAGAAACUCUUCACAGAAGGCUAUGAAGGAACCACGACCUUGUCACAACGCGUCAGUCAUCCAUACAACCACCAUGUACACUUCAACGACCAUCUCUGGCCCGUUGCUACACUUUUACGGACUCGCCGUAGUAAGCGUUGCCGUACCUGCCGCCAUAUUAUUGCCCGUCCAGAGCCCAAGAUGGGUAGCACACGCUACAAGAUUCGUUUGCUGGCCCAGAACAACAUUCCUCGUUUGUCUCUGCGCCUCCUCGCACCGACUGCUUCGUCAGCUCCUGCUUCCGCCUUUGCGCUUACCCCGGCAGCACUACAAGCUCAGCACAAUACAGAGUAUGAGCGGUUGAGACCAGGACUUCCCGUGCAGUUCCUGCUCACCCUGACAAAUCCUUUGUUCGAAGCCGUACGAGUCACACUCGCCACUCCGGCUACUACACCUGGCAAUGUGGCUUCACGCGUUACUGUUCUCUGCCCUACUUUUCCUAUUGGUGCUGCGAGCGAUAUGUGGGACCCAGACGCCAUCUCCAGCGGUACAGCUAAGGAUCAAUCUACAGAAGACAGACAGCCAGAAGCAGGCAAGGUCUGGGAAAAAGGCCGCAACUGGACGACUGUGGUAGUAGAAGUGGUCCCUGGCAGGUUGGACAAAAAGACUGGUCCCACUGCAGAAAAAGCCACAGGGGAUGAUAGCAAGGGUGCGGAUGACGAAGUGCUCGAAAUUCCGGUAUUCGUGCGUGUGGAGUGGGAGGCAGAGGUCACAGCUGAGGACGCAGCUGCUACAGGGGCAGCCAAGGGAACCAAAGAGAGCAGGGAAAUUGCUUUCUGGAGUGUCCUGGGUGCGGGCAAGAUCGUGGAACCCUAGAAGGGAAGCAGGAAGUGUUUGAAGUUCUGUCUUUGUACUUGAGAGUGAGUUGAAGACUAUAGUAGAGCAUCGUGCCACAAUCACCAUUUCCGCCUAGCAUAAACCUGCUGUACACGAAUG